UAGCUGGUAACAAAAAAGAUGAAACUAGCAACAAACAACAUGCCUUAAACAUUUGAUUUUUGGGAAGUCGGCCGUAUAAACACAAAGGUCUUCAUCACUUUUUAGCUCACAUUUGACCAAAACUCCUCCAAUCCAGGCAUCAUCGUUGACUUUUUCAAACUUGUUUCCUCUCUUUUUCCUUCGUCGACAUCAAAUACAAAUAACACCCUAGAAAAAAAAAACAAAACAAAAAAAAAAACCCCAGAAUUUCCUAUCUUCGGUGGUUUUGCUGUGAAUCAAUGGACAAUAAACAGCAUACUUCAACUUCAAAGCCAAAGAGCAAGAACAAGCUAUUGAAGAUGCUUCCCAAAGCGAUGUCGUUUGGACAUCGCGUACCACCGUUUAGUCCCGGAAGAGAUCUCCACCACCACCACCACAACAACACGACGUCGUUCUCCAACAAAGCGUUUUUCUCCGGUCCUAUGGUUCCUUUGGUUCCAAAAGCGGCUCGGGUUCGAAGAACCAAAACCGACACCGUUUGGGACGAACCCACUUCCCCUAAAGUCUCCUGCAUCGGCCAGAUCAAACGCGUUAAAUCAAAACGCUGCUCUCCUAAGAAAAACAGAGCCGUUGCGUCGCUGAUUCCCAAAAUCCCCAAAACGUCGUCGUCGUCUUUAGCCAAAGAAGACGAAAAAGGUCGACUUUCCAAGAUCAAGCGACUCUUCUCGUUCUCGGCGACCGGAAGAGGACACACAUCUAGAAAAUCUCAUCCCUCUGCCGCCGGCGCCGCCGCGACUGAACAUCCGGUCACGGUGGUUUCCACUACGGCGGUUCCUUCUUUAGGUCAGAUGAAGAAAUUCGCGAGUAGCCGAGAUGCUUUAGGGGGAUUUGAUUGGAUGGUUGAGAUGAAAGAGGACGAAGAAUCUCCGGCUGAUCAUCGCCGUGGUUACUAUUCCGAUGAUGAGAGGAGAGGAGAUUACAUGAGAGACGACGAUGAAGAAGAAGAAGACGACAUCAUUAUCCCGUUUUCAGCUCCGUUGAGUUUGAAGCCGAAGCAAGAAGUUAACUUGUGGAAGCGUAGAACCAUGGAUCCACCUGAACCACUUCAUCUUCAAACAUCUUGAUUAUUUCCUUUUAAAAAGAUACACUUUUUUUUUUAAUCUUUCGAUAUAUAUAAAAAUUACUGCAAUUCAGAUUACAUAAUGAUCAUCACACACAGUGAAUCUGGAUUUUGUAUUGUGUGUAUAUGUUGAAUGGUUGCUGAUGAUCACCAUUUCCCUU